AUGUGUGCGUCGCCGCUUAGCUCGAGCUCGGACAUUUUUGUCGGCGGCGCUACGGCGUCGGCGCAGAAUGGGCAGCUCACCGACACAGACGUGGUGCUCACGGUCAACACCAAUUCGGGCAGUGUCGUGCGCCAGGCGCCCUCGGAGGCGGUGCUCACGCACCUGCGCAAGAGCGGGCGCUACGUGUGCACGGGCACGGCGCAGGGCGCCAUCCAGCUGCGUGAUCCGCGCUCGCUCGCCAUCGAGCACAAGUUGACCGCGCACCACGGCGGGCUGAUCGACAUGCAGGCCGAGGGCCAUCUGAUCUACAGCAUUGGGUGGACGCUGCGGCAGGGGCGGCGCAUGGCGGAGCCCUUCAUCAAGGCGUUCGACCUGCGCACGAUGCAGCCGCUCGUGCCGAUCCCGAUGACGGCGCCCGGCGGCCCCGCGCUGCUGGCCGUGCAUCCGAAGAAGUCGUCCAUUCUCGCCGUGGCCACGCCGCAGUCGCAGUUCCAGGUCAUGGACACGCAGUAUGCAGGCCUGAGCCAAUUCUACUCGCUCACGUCCAACGCAUACAUCAUGUCCAUGGCCUUCUCGUCGUCCGCCGAGGCGCUGGCCUUUGGCGAGUCCGACGGCUCGGUGCGCCUGUGGACGAGCGGCCAUACCGGCGCGGUGCGCUUCAACUCGUACCCCACGGCGCCGCCGCCGAUGCCGGACCCCGCGCCGCCGCCGCCUGUGGUCGAGUGGCGCAGCGACACGCCGCUCUCGAGCAUUGGGCUGCCGCACUACAAGGAGGCGCUGCUCAGCUGUCCCGACUACGAGACCCUGUGGAGCGAUGCGAGUCCCCUCUUUACCAUGCCCAUGCCGCUCGACAGGAGCGUGCUGGAGCAGGCCGUGGACGUGCAGGGCAUGGGCUAUGCGCCGCUGCCCCGCCACUUGCGCGGCACACGCAACCAGCUCGCGGCCGCCGACCAGGUGCUGACCCGCUUCGAUCGCGCCGGGAAGCUGAAGCCUGGCGCGGCGAUGCGCCUGCGCAGUGGGCGCGGCACGCGCCGCGUGCGCGUGCCAUUCCGCAGCGAGCAAGACGAGGGCGAUGCGGCGCCCGAGGCGGACGAUGCGUGGAGUCCGGCGGGCCGCGGUAUGCCGGCCUACUACGCGCAGAUGACGAUCCAGUACAGCAAGUUUGGCGUAGAGGACUUUGACUUUGCCUUCUACAAUAAGACGGCGUACUCGGGGCUCGAGACGAACAUCAGCGCGGCGUACGCCAACUCGCUCCUCCAGGCGCUGCACUAUGCGCGGCCGUUCCGCGCCUUUGCCAAGCGGCACAUUCUUCUUGCGUGCACGGCCGACGACUGCCUCCUGUGUGAGGCCGGCUUCCUCUUCCGCAUGCUCGAGGACGCGCAGGGCACCAACUGCCAGGCAUCGAACCUGCUGCGCGUCCUUGCGCGCUCGCCGCAGGCCACCACGCUCGGGCUGCUCGACCAUGGCGCACUGGAUGUGCCAUAUGCGCACCUGGUGCAGCGCCUGCACCACUACCUGCUUGAUCAGGCUUCGCAGCGCGCGCUGCGCACCGGCGCACUGCUCUCGCUCCCGCCCGCGCAGCUCGUGCUGUGCGCGAAUCCGUGUGCGUGGUCGAUGAUGGUGCACAGCCAGUGUGGCGCAUGUGGCCACACGGCGUCGCGGCAGCAGCUCUCGCACGCGGUGGACCUGCUGUACCCGCCGGGGCCCACGCGCUGGCAGCACGACCUGCCGGCGCUGCUGAGUCUGUCCAUCUGCCGCGAGGUGCUGGCGAAGAUGACGUGCCGGCAGUGCCAGACGGCGUUUGCGCCGCACAACACGUGGCGCACGCUCCUCUCGACCGAUGCGCUUCCCGCGAUGCUGUGCCUGAACGCGGGCGUGCUGGGCGCCGAGCAGCUGGCGUACUGGGUCCCGCGCGGAUCGGGGCGGGGCUUCGUGCCGCCGCGCCUGGCGAUGCAGGUCGACCGCGGGCAUGUGCGGUCGGUCGGGCUGUGGGACGAGCAGGCGCCGCCGCAGGCGGCCGUGUACCUGCUGCGUGCGAUGGUCGUGCAAGUGCAAGGCGCGUACGACGCGCCGCACCUCUGCACGUACGUGCGGGGGCCCGGCGCGGACCCCGACGAGUGGGUCCUGUUCAACGACUUCCUCGUGCGGCCGGUCGAGGAGGCCGAGGUGCUGCACUUUGGCGCGUCGUGGAAGAUUCCCGCGGUGCUGGUGUGGGAGCGCAUCGACAGCGCUGCGCAGGCGCAUGCCGCGCAGCUGCGGGACCUGGCGCAGGCGCUGCAGCCCGAUACGACGCUGCUGACGCGCGACUGGAACUUGGCGACGCACCGCAAGGCGGAGCUUGUGCGGCACCGCGUACUGACCGAGGACGAGCUGCCUGCACCCGGCACGCUGGUCGCGAUCGAUGCCGAGUUUGUAUCGCUCGCGAACGAGGAGCUGGAGGUAUUCUCCGACGGCACGCGCUCGCUCCUACAGCCAAGUCAUCUCGCGCUCGCGCGCGUGUCGGUGCUGCGUGGCGAAGGGCCCGCGGAGGGCGAGCCGUUCAUCGAUGACCACAUCCACACGACCGAGCCGGUGGUGGACUACCUGACGCAGUACUCCGGCAUCCAGCGUACGUACACACGACUGACUCCAGCGGGCGACCUCGCGCCGGCCACGACGCAAGUCACGCUUGUGCCCCACAAGAUUGCGUACAAGAAGCUGCGCCUCCUCGUCGACCGCGGGUGCCGCUUCAUCGGCCAUGGGCUCGCGAAAGACUUUCGCAUCAUUAGUACGUGCCGCUACUCACGCCCGAUCUCUAUCCAGGUCAUCGAUACCGUGCAGCUGUACCACUCGCCAGCACACCCCCGCAAGCUGUCGCUGCGGUUCCUCUCGUGGUUCCUGCUGAAGCAGGACAUCCAGCGGGGCCUCAUGCUGGGCGACGGCAAGACCGAGGCAGUGCACGAAGGCCACGACUCGAUCGAGGACGCGGACGCGGCGCUGCAGCUGUACCGCCGGUACCUCGUCUUUGAACGCGACCAUCGCCUGGAAGACAUGCUCGAGGACCUCUACGAGAUUGGGCCACGCGUCCAGUGGCGCCCGCCCGACAAGUCAUAG